CUGCAGAGCUAACUGGUGAACCGAAGGAAGGAGCUGGAAUCAUCGCUGUGUCCCUCCUAUCCUCCUUCCUUGCUCGAUUCUCGAUUGGUUUUCGUUUCUUCCCGGGAAAUUCGGAUUUUUCUCGAGAAAGUGGUGUGGUUUUCCUAGUUUUUUUGAUUUGGAGAUGAAGACUACGGAAGAAUUGAAGGAACACGUGGCCGAAAACGAGGUCACGGUUCGGGAUGAAGAAGGUGACUUUGAGGAAGAAGAUGGCGAGGAUGACUCCGAGGAUGAAGUAGAAGAAGGAGGUGAUGACGACGAGGAUGAGGAUGAUGACGAUGACGACGAAGACAAUGACGUUGAUGAUGAGGAUGAAGAUGAAGAAGAUGAUGACGACGCUCCGGACGGCGACGAUGACGAAGAUGAAGAAGAUGAUGACGAAGGAGGUGAUGUCGCACAACACGGUGAUGCUGGUGACGACGACGACGACGACAACAACGACGGUGAGGACGACGACGAGGAGGGCGAGGAAGAGGAGGAUUUGGGGACAGAGUACCUUGUUCGCCCCGUAGGCAAUGCCGAGGAAGAGGAAGCAUCAAGUGAUUUUGAGCCUGAGGAGAAUGGUGAGGAGGAAGAUGAAGUUCAUGAUGAGGACGAGGAGGAAGGUAAGAAGGCUGAGAUUCCAUCAAAAAGAAAGAGGUCCGACAAGGAUGAUUCAGAUGACGACGGUGACGGUGGAGAAGAUGAUGACAGACCCUCUAAGCGAUAGUGGUUAGGACCACGCUUAAACUCAAAGGGAUUAGCUCUCCAAACAAUAGGUCAAAUAUAUUGCCCUCUUUUUAAACACUUUCUCCAUAGAUAGUAUAGCAUGAUUGGUGGGAUUUUUUUUUAAAAAAAAAACUAUUCUGUAUUAUUAUAAUGCAGUACGUUUAGGUUUACUAGUAUUGUCUGUUGGAUUAGUCUGGUGAAUGUGAUCUAUGGAGAACUCUGUUGAAGUACUGGUAAAGAUUGUGUUGAACUUGAGUUCUAUUUGAUAGGAUUUUAGAUGGAGUCCUUGUGUACUACAAUUUCUGAUACACUGAAAUUGUGGGUAGAAUUUCUUCUGGAUUUAUAUGAUUGGUUUUUCAUCUCAUCUCUACACAA